AUGGCUACUCAAAUGUACUGCUUCGUGUCAGGUGGUGACGUUCAUUGUGUCCCUGUGGAAGAGGACACCUCCAUAGCAACCACGUCGACGGACACACCACAGGCUGCAUUGAAUGGAUCGAAAAACGGGACAAACGGCAAACUUAACGGAGACAUAUCAUUAUUGGUACCUCCCCAAAACUUACUUAAAAUUAGAAAUAAGAAUCUCAUUUACUCCUUGAAUGACCCGUCGUUAUCAGACUUUGAGUCUGCUGGUGAAAAUGAUACGUCUAUAAACGAAGACGACGAAGACGAAGACGAAGAUGAUGAUGAUGAUGACGAUGAUGAUGAUCAGAACCUGAACGGAAGGGCCACCACUGCCUCCAUCAAAAAGUCAUUAUACUUACCCCAGUUUACUGUAGACUUGCCGACAAACCUUGCCCAAGACUUUGCUCAAGUAAAACUGCUCUUGACCAGCGUCUUUCCUUGGAUAAUGAGCCCCAACGAAAUAACUGUCAAGGAAUUGACCGGGGGUAUCACUAAUAUGCUCCUUUCUUGUAAGCACACUCCUUCAGGUUUCACGGUGCUCAUGAGGGUCUAUGGCCAAGGAACCAACCUCAUUAUCGAUAGACAUAGGGAAUUCGUCCUGCAACUCAUUCUUAACUCAUUGAACUUGGCACCUCCCAUAUUCGCUCGAUUUUCCAAUGGUCUCGUUUAUGGGUUUUUGCCAGGCAGGUCUUUGCAACCUGAGGAAUUGCAAAAUGAAAAAUUAUACCCACUUAUUGCUCAACAGUUGGGGAUUUGGCAUAACAGGAUCUCUGGUGAAGACAUCGACGAAGGUGUUGAGAAGUUGAGGAAAAUCACCAUAAGUUUGAAGAAGCAGCACUCUGGUGAUGGUAGGCCCUCAAUGUCGAGAUCUUCCUCUAGAAGAAGACUGCUGCUGACUGGUAACCACCCUAGAAUUGGUCAUAAUCAUCCAAAGAAGUCGAUCUCUUUUGUGUGGGAGUUAAUUGAAGAUUGGAUGAAUAUCGUUCCUAUUAUCCCUGGAUUAAUAGAGUCAUUCCAGGAGAAUGAUGACUUGAGAGAUAAUAAAACAGAAUUAAACGUGGAUACCACGCGUUCUAUAGUACAAGCCGAGUUUGAAUGGUUAAGAACAGAAUUGACCGAAAAAUCAAAAUCUCCUAUAGUGUCUUGCCAUUGUGAUUUGCUCAGUGGUAACAUAAUCAUUCCUGAGGAUUUCUUAUCGUCAACAACUCCCCCAACCCAAAAUCCCGUCCAGUUCAUCGACUACGAGUAUAUGCUAUCUGGACCUCGAGCGUUUGAUAUUGCCAACCAUUUGGCCGAAUGGCAAGGAUUUAAUUGUGACCGUAGUGCCAUUCCACUCCCUUCUCCUUCAAACCCUGUUAUGGUAAAGUGGGUUCAAGGGUACUUAAAUAAACCCAACGCAACCAAAGAAGAGGUUGAAGAAGUUAUAGAGGAAAUUUCCAUGUUCUACGGAAUGCCAGGAUUCUACUGGGGAGUAUGGGCCAUGAUUCAAAGCGAAAUAUCUACAAUUGACUUUGACUACGCCAAUUACAGUAAAUUGAGAUUCCAAGAGUACUGGGAUUGGAAGAAAGAUUAUUUGAGUAAAACAUAA